UGUUACAAACCCAUGUAUGAAGCCUCCGCGUGCGUCCGCUUGUCAUCAGCUCUGAGUUAGUUUAAGUCUUGAGGAGUAGAUCCCAAGCAGCGCUUCUGUUCAGGCAGGAGAAAGCAAAGGGACUGGACAGGAUGGAUGGACGGAUGAGGGGGAAGGGAGAGAGAGAGGAGAAUAACGGUGGUGUUUGUGCGAGGCGGUCAAAACAGCUCCGCGCGCUCACAGAAACAAACCGAAUUAACGCGUUUUAUCGUGUCAUAAGGCAGUAUUAAACGGACAAACACUUCUGGAGGUUUCUUCCCUGGGGAUUCAGAGAGUCAGGAAUGAUCUGCUGAUCCAGCUGCUGUUGCCAGAGUCUUCCAAUCACUUCCACUCCAAGACUGUCCAUCAUAGACUUCAGACUUGCUCAGUUUGUGACUCCAAGUCCCUCACACACACACACAUACACAGUCGAGCCUACACAAGCACACCAUUCAUAUACCCGCCGUCAUGGCCAACAUAUAUCCGUAUGGCUGCUUCACUCAUGCUGUGGUCAGAGGUAUCCCAGAAUCCUUUGGGAAGUUGGCGGAGGGUGGUGAAGGGCUUCAGACGGACCUGGCCAAGGCCCAACGUCAGAUGGGGGUGCUGACAGGCGCGCUGAGGCAGAAGGUGGGGCUGCAGCUGAUAGAGAUCCCAGCUGCCUCGGAGCUGCCCGAGAGCUGGCGGAUCGAAGACGUGGCUGUGAUCCAGGGCGACACCGCACUCGUCACGCGACCCCUCAAGCAGCAGAGGCGCGCUGAGGCGGAGGCUGUGCGGCGCGUCCUGAGCGAGCUGAAGCUGACGGUGGUGGAGAUGGGCGAUGAGGAGGGCGGGUCUGCUGGAGCAACUCUGGAAGGAAGUGAUGUCCUCUUCACUGGAAAAGAGUUCUUUGUGGGCAUUUCGAAACACACCAAUCACCGUGGGGCAGAAGUUUUGGCCGACACCUUCAAGGACUUUGCGGUGUCCACUGUGCCGGUGUGUGGAGGCUCUCGUCUGAAGAACAUCUGCUCCAUGGGCGGCCCCGACACCAUCAUCAUCAGCAGCAGCGACGGGGCCAAGAAAACACUUCGAGUGAUGGAGCAGCUGACUGACCAUCACUAUGAGAUCUUGUCUGUGCCCGAGGACGUGGCUGCUAACUGCAUUUACAUCAGAGGUCCUGCUAAAGUGGACUUCCUCCUGCACCCCACAGCCGAGGAGUGUCCCAACAGUGUUCCUGCUUUUCAGCGUUUGACCGACUACACCCUGCUGCCCACUGCCUGCAGCGAAGCCUCCAAACUCGGGGCGGCGCUGUCCUCCCUUUGCCUGCUCAUCAACAAGAAACCCAACUAUUGAGACAUUCAAGUAUAAUCAGCACAUAAUCAUAUUUACUUUCUUUACAUCUCACCUUUUCUUCACUUCAGCCUGAGGUUUUAGGGGCUACAACUGUCCACAUGUUUCUCUUAUGCUUUAAUUCCUUAGCUCUCUUAUAUGCAGGUUUGUUUAGAUUUGUAUAAUGGACACACAUUAUGAGAUUGUUAUAAUAUAUGUCCUUGAAACCAACAACAGAUAAACUGUCCGCUCACAGUGAGACUGAGAGGUUAAAGUGAUGGCUCAACCCAAAAAAAUAAAUGUUAUUUACUCCUGUUCCAGUUCAGUGGGUUUUAAUUCUGGACCUCAAGCUCCAACCUUGACCAAACACACUGGCCUUUUUAGCAGUCUUGAACACCGAGGUCAGCUUUGAUCAGAAUUGUGGACCUCGAGAUCUCAAACAUGGCUUCUGUAGGUAUAUCUGCUAUUAAAGGUAGCCAUGUACAAUCAUCUAAUUGCUUUUCUGCCCAAUUAAGAUGUGCAUGUUAGUGGACAAAUCAGAUUCUAUAGAUAGCUGUACUGUGGCAGAGUUAAAGUCGAGCACAUUGAGGUGUCUGAGAAGGGAUUUUUACUGUGCUUAUCAAAGAUAUUAACCUAUCAGAACGUCACGGCAUGUAGAGACCACAAAUUGUUCUGUCAAGGUAGCAGUAUCCUAACUGUAUGUUGUGGUGUCAGUGUAAUGUGUUUUUCAGUUGUUCCAUUAAUUUAAUAAUAAUAAUCCAAAAAGUAUUUUUUGGUAGGUGGUUUUCCCUCAAUUGUAUUGACGGUAUAUAAAAAAUAAUAAAAAAAACCAUUGUUUGCUUUC